AUGAACGUGGACGUGGUCGUGGACGUGGACGUGGUCGUGGACGUGGUCGUGGACGUGGACGUGGACGUGGACGUGGACGUGGACGUGGACGUGGUCAUGGACGUGGACGUGGACGUGGACGUGGACGUGGACGUGGACGUGGUCUUGGACGUGGACGAGGACUUGGACUUGGACCUGGACAUGGACAUGGACGUGGACGUGGUCGUGGACGUGGAGGUGGACUUGGACGUGGACGUGGUCAUGGACGUGGACGUGGACGUGGACGUGGAAGUGGACGUGGACCUGGACGUGGACGUGGACGUGGUCGUGGACGUGGACGUAGACGUGGACGUGGACAUGGUCGUGGACGUGGACGUGGACGUGGACGUGGUCGUGGACGUGGACGUGGACGUGGACGUGGACGUGGUCGUGGACGUGGACGUGGACGUGGUCAUGGACGUGGACGUGGACGUGGUCGUGGACGUGGACGUGUACGUGGACGUGGACCUAGACCUGGACGUGGACGUGGACGUGGUCGUGGACGUGGAGGUGGACUUGGACGUGGACGUGGUCGUGGACGUGGACGUGGACGUGGACGUGGAAGUGGACGUGGACCUGGACGUGGACGUGGACGUGGUCGUGGACAUGGACAAGGACGUGGACGUGGACAUGGUCGUGGAUGUGGACGUGGACAUGGACGAGGUCGUGGACGUGGAUGUGGACGUGGACGUGGUCGUGGACGUGGACGUGGACGUGGUCGUGGACGUGGUCGUGGACGUGGACGGUGACGUGGACGUGGACGUGGUCGUGGACGUGGACGUGGACGUGGUCGUCGACGUGGACGUGGACGUGGUCGUGGACGUGGUCGUGGACGUGGAAGCGGACGUGGACGUGGACGUGGACGUGGAGGUGGACGUGGACGUGGAGGUGGAGGUGGACGUGGACGUGGUCGUGGACGCGGACGCGGACGUGGACGUGGACGCGGACGUGGACGUGGACGUAGACGCGGACGUGGACGUGGACGUGGACGUGGUCGUGGACGUGGUCGUGGACGUGGACGUGGACGUGGUCAUGGACGUGGACGUGGUCCUUGACGUGGACGUGGAUGGACGUGGACUGGACGUGGACCUGGACGUGGACGUGGACGUGGAAGUGGACGUGGACGUGGACGUGGACGUGGUCGUGGACGUGGACGUGGACGUGGACGUGGACAUGGUCGUGGACGUGGACGUGGACGUGGACGAGGUCGUGGACGUGGACGUGGACGUGGACGUGGUCGUGGACGUGGACGUGGACGUAGACGUGGACUUGGACGUGGACGUGGACUUGGACGUGGACGUGGACUUGGACUUGGACGUGGACGUGGACCUGGACCUGGACCUGGAGGUGGAAGUGGACUUGGACGUGGACGUGGACUUGGACGUGGACGUGGACGUGGACGUGGACGUGGUCGUGGACGUGGACGUGGACGUGGACCUGGACGUGGACGUGGACGUGGACGUGGAAGUAGACGCGGACGUGGUCAUGGACGUGGACGUGGUCGUGGACGUGGACGUGGUCGUGGACGUGGUCGUGGACGUGGACGUGGAUGGACAUGGACACGUGGACGUGGUCGUGGACGUGGACGUGGACGAGGUCGUGGACGUGGACGUGGACGUGGACGUGGUCGUGGACGUGGACGUGGACGUGGACCUGGACGUGGACGUGGACUUGGACGUGGACGUGGACUUGGACUUGGACGUGGACGUGGACGUGGACGUGGUCAUGGACGUCGACGUGGACGUGGACCUGGACCUGGACCUGGACGUAGAAGUGGACUUGGACGUGGACGUGGACGUGGACAUGGUCGUGGACGUGGACGUGGACGUGGAGGUGGUCGUGGACGUGGAGGUGGACGUGGUCGUGGACGUGGACGUGGACGUGGACGUGGACGUGGACGUGGACGUGGAAGUGGACGUGGUCGUGGACGUGGAGGUGGACUUGGACGUGGACGUGGUCGUGGACGUGGACGUGGACGUAGACGUGGACGUGGACGUGGACGUGGAAGUGGACGUGGAGCUGGACGUGGACGUGGACGUGGUCGUGGACAUGGACGUGGACGAGGACGUGGACAUGGUCGUGGACGUGGACGUGGACGUAGACGUGGACGAGGUCGUGGACGUGGACGUAGACGUGGACGUGGACGUGGACGUGGUCGUGGACGUGGACGUAGACGUGGACCUCGACGUGGACGUGGACUUGGACGUGGACGUGGACUUUGACUUGGACGUGGACGUGGACGUGGACGUGGACGUGGUCAUGGACGUAGACGUGGACGUGGACCUGGACCUGGACCUGGAGGUGGAAGUGGACUUGGACGUGGACGUGGACUUGGACGUGGACGUAGACGUGGACGUGGACGUGGACGUGGUCGUGGACGUGGACGUGGACGUGGACCUGGACGUGGACGUGGACGUGGACGUGGACGUAGACGCGGACGUGGUCGUGGACGCGGACGUGGUCGUGGACGUGGACGUGGACGUGGUCGUGGACGUGGACGUGGUCGUGGACAUGGACGUGGUCGUGGACGUGGACGUGGAUGGACAUGGACACGUGGACGAGGUCGUGGACGUGGACGUGGACGUGAACGAGGUCGUGGACGUGGGCGUGGACGUGGACGUGGACGUGGACGUGGACGUUGACCUGGACGUGGACGUGGACUUGGACGUGGACGUGGACUUGGACUUGGACGUGGACGUGGACGUGGACGUGGACGUGGACGUGGACCUGGACCUGGACCUGGACGUGGAAGUGGACUUGGACGUGGACGUGGACUUGGACGUGGACGUAGACGUAGACGUGGACGUGGACGUGAUGGUGGACGUGGACGUGGACGUGGAGGACGUGGAUGUGGAUGUGGAGGACGUGGACGUGGACGUGGACGUGGACAUGGACGUGGACGUGGUCAUGGACGUGGACGUGGACGUGGACUUGGACGUGGACGUGGACGUGGUCGUGGACGUGGACGUGGACGUGGACGUGGACGUGGUGCGUGGACGUGGACGUGGACGUGGUCCGGACGUGGACGUGGACGUGGACGUGGACGUGGACGUGGACGUGGACGUGGACCUGGACGUGGACGUCGACUUGGACGUGGACGUGGACUUGGACUUGGACGUGGACGUGGACGUGGUCAUGGAGGUGGACGUGGACGUGGACCUGGACCUGGACCUGGACGUGGAAGUGGACUUGGACGUGGACGUGGACUUGGACGUGGACGUAGACGUAGACGUGGACGUGGACGUGAUGGUGGACGUGGACGUGGAGGACGUGGAUGUGGAUGUGGAGGACGUGGACGUGGACGUGGACGUGGACGUCGACAUGGACGUGGACGUGGUCAUGGACGUGGACGUGGACGUGGACUUGGACGUGGACGUGGACGUGGUCGUGGACGUGGACGUGGACGUGGACGUGGUCGUGGACGUGGACGUGGUCGUGGACGUGGACGUGGUCGUGGUCGUGGACGUGGUCGUGGACGUGGACGGUGACGUGGACGUGGACGUGGACGUGGACGUGGUCUUGGACGUGGACGUGGACGUGGACGUGGUCGUGGACGUGGACGUGGUCGUGGAUGUGGUCGUGGACGUGGAAGCGGACGUGGACGUGGACGUGGACGUGGACGUGGACGUGGACGUGGACGUGGACCUGGACGUGGACGUGGACUUGGACGUGGACGUGGACUUGGACUUGGACGUGGACGUGGACGUGGACGUGGUCAUGGACGUGGACGUGGACGUGGACCUGGACCUGGACCUGGACGUGGAACUGGACUUGGACGUGGACGUGGACUUGGACGUGGACAUGGACGUUGACGUGGACGUUGACGUGGACGUGGACGUGGACGUGGACAUGGACGUGGACAUGGACGUGGACCUGGACGUGGACAUGGACGUGGACGUGGACGUGGACAUGGACGUGGACGUGGACGUGGACAUGGACGUGGACGUGGACGUGGACGUGGACGUGGACGUGGACAUGGACGUGGACGUGGACGUGGACGUGGACGUGGACGUGGACGUGGACAUGGACGUGGACGUGGACGUGGACGUGGACGUGGACAUGGACGUGGACAUGGACGUGGACGUGGACGUGAACAUGGACGUGGACAUGGACGUGGACAUGGACGUGGACGUGGACGACGUGGACGUGGACGUGGACGUUGACGUUGACGUGGACUUGGACGUGGACGUGGACAUGGACGUGGACGUGGACGUGGACAUGGACGUGGACGUGGACGUGGACGUGGACGUGGACAUGGACGUGGACGUGGACGUCGACGUGGACCUGGACGUGGACGUGGACGUGGACGUGGACAUGGACGUGGACGUGGACAUGGACGCGGACGUGGACAUGGACGUGGACGUGGACGUGAACAUGGACGUGGACAUGGACGUGGACAUGGACGUGGACGUGGACGUGGACGUGGACGUGGACAUGGACGUGGACGUGGACGUUCACGUGGACGUGGACGUGGACGUGGACGUGGACGUGGACGUGGACGUGGAUGUGGACGUUGACGUGGACGUGAACGUGGACGUGAACAUGGACGUGGACAUGGACGUGGACCUGGACGUGGACGUGGACGUGGACGUAGACGUGGACGUGGACGUGGACUUGGACGUGGACGUGGACAUGGACGUGGACAUGGACGUGGACGUGGACAUGGACGUUGACAUGGACGUGGACGUGGACGUGGACGUGGACGUGGACCUGGACGUGGACCUGGUCGUGGACGUGGACGUGGACGUGGACGUGGACAUGGACUUGGACGUGGACGAGAUGGACGUGGACGUGGAGGUGGACGUGGACGUGGACAUGGACGUGGACGUGGACGUGGACAUGGACGUGGACGUGGACGUGGACGUGGACGUGGACGUGGACAUGGACGUGGACGUGGACAUGGACGUGGACCUGGACGUGGACGUGGACGUGGACAUGGACGUGGACGUGGACGUGGACGUGGACAUGGACGUGGACAUGGACGUGGACGUGGACGUGGACGUGGACGUGGACAUGGACGUGGACGUGGACGUUCACGUGGACGUGGACGUGGACGUGGUCGUAGACGUGGACGUGGACGUGGACGUGGACAUGGACGUGGACGUGGACGUGGACGUGGACGUUGACGUGGACAUGGACGUGGACGUGGACAUGGACGUGGACAUGGACGUGGACAUGGACGUGGACGUGGACGUGGACGUGGACAUGGACGUGGACAUGGACGUGGACGUGGACUUGGACGUGGACAUGGACGUGGACGUGGACGUGGACGUGGACAUGGACGUGGACAUGGACGUGGACGUGGACGUGGACGUUGACGUGGAGGUGGACGUGGACGUGGACAUGGACGAGGACGUGGACGUGGACGUGGACGUGGAAGUGGACGUGGACAUGGACGUGGACGUGGACGUGGACGUGGACGUGGACCUGGACGUGGACGUUGACGUGGACGUGGACGUGGACGUUGACGUGGACGUGGUCGUGGACGUGGACGUGGACGUGGACGUGGACGUGGACAUGGACGUGGACGUGGACGUGGACAUGGACGUGGACGUGGACGUGGACGUGGACGUGGACGUGGACAUGGACGUGGACGUGGACGUGGACGUGGACGUAGACGUGGACGUGGACGUGGACGUGGACAUGGACGUGGACGUGGACGUGGACGUGGACGUGGACAUGGACGUGGACGUGGACGUGGACGUGGAUGUGGACGUGGACGUGGACAUGGACGUGGACGUGGACAUGGACGUGGACCUGGACGUGGACGUGGACAUGGACGUGGACGUGGACGUGGACAUGGACGUGGACAUGGACGUGGACGUGGACGUGGACGUGGACGUGGACAUGGACGUGGACGUGGACGUUCACGUGGACGUGGACGUGGACGUGGUCGUAGACGUGGACGUGGACGUGGACGUGGACAUGGACGUGGACGUGGACGUGGACGUGGACGUUGACGUGGACAUGGACGUGGACGUGGACAUGGACGUGGACAUGGACGUGGACAUGGACGUGGACGUGGACGUGGACGUGGACAUGGACGUGGACGUGGACGUGGACGUGGACUUGGACGUGGACAUGGACGUGGACGUGGACGUGGACGUGGACAUGGACGUGGACAUGGACGUGGACGUAGACGUGGACGUUGACGUGGAGGUGGACGUGGACGUGGACAUGGACGAGGACGUGGACGUGGACGUGGAAGUGGACGUGGACAUGGACGUGGACGUGGACGUGGACGUGGACAUGGACGUGGACGUUGACGUGGACGUGGACGUGGACGUGGACGUGGUCGUAGACGUGGACAUGGACGUGGACGUGGACGUGGACAUGGACGUGGACGUGGACGUGGACGUGGACAUGGACGUGGACGUGGACAUGGACGUGGACGUGGACGUUCACGUGGACGUGGACGUGGACGUGGUCGUAGACGUGGACGUGGACGUGGACGUGGACAUGGACGUGGACGUGGACGUGGACGUUGACGUGGACGUGGACGUGGACGUGGACAUGGACGUGGACAUGGACGUGGACGUGGACGUGGACGUGGACGUGGACGUGGACGUGGACUUGGACGUGGACAUGGACGUGGACAUGGACGUGGACGUGGACAUGGACGUGGACAUGGACGUGGACGUGGAUGUGGACGUGGACGUGGACAUGGACGAGGACGUGGACGUGGACGUGGACGUGGACGUGGACAUGGACGUGGACGUGGACGUGGACAUGGACGUGGACGUGGACGUUGACGUGGACGUGGACGUGGACGUGGACGUGGUCGUAGACGGGGACGUGGACGUGGACGUGGACGUGGACGUGGACAUGGACAUGGACGUGGACGUGGACAUGGACGUGGACGUGGACGUGGACGUGAACGUGGACGUAGACGUGGACAUGGUCGUGGACGUGGACGUGGACGUGGUCGUGGACGUGGACGUGGUCGUGGACGUGGACGUGGUCGUGGACGUGGACGUGGACGUGGACGUGGUCGUGGACGUGGACGUGGACGUGGACGUGGACCUGGACAUGGACGUGGUCGUGGACGUGGACGCGGUCGUGGACGUGGACGCGGACGUGGACGUGGACGUGGACGCGGACCUGGACCUGGACCUGGACCUGGACGUGGACGUGGACGUGGACGUGGACGUGGACGUAGACGUUGACGUGGAUGUGGACGUGGACUUGGACGUGGACAUGGACGUGGACAUGGACGUGGACGUGGACAUGGACGUGGACAUGGACGUGGACGUGGACGUGGACGUGGACGUGGACAUGGACGAGGACGUGGACGUGGACGUGGACGUGGACAUGGACGUGGACGUGGACGUGGACAUGGACGUGGACGUGGACGUUGACGUGGACGUGGACGUGGACGUGGACGUGGUCGUAGACGGGGACGUGGACGUGGACAUGGACGUGGACGUGGACGUGGACAUGGACAUGGACGUGGACGUGGACAGGGACGUGGACGUGGACGUGGACGUGGACGUGAACGUGGACGUAGACGUGGACAUGGUCGUGGACGUGGACGUGGACGUGGUCCUGGACGUGGACGUGGUCGUGGACGUGGACGCGGUCGUGGACCUGGACGUGGACGUGGUCGUGGACGUGGACGCGGUCGUGGACGUGGACGCGGACGUGGACGUGGACGUGGACGCGGACCUGGACCUGGACCUGGACCUGGACCUGGACCUGGACCUGGACGUGGUCGUGGACGUGGACGUGGACGUGGUCGUGGACGUGGACGUGGUCGUGGAUGUGGUCGUGGACGUGGAAGCGGACGUCGACGUGGACGUGGACGUGGACGUGGACGUGGACGUGGACCUGGACGUGGACAUGGACGUGGACGUGGACGUGGACAUGGACGUGGACGUGGACGUUGACGUGGACGUGGACGUGGACGUGGACGUGGUCGUAGACGGGGACGUGGACGUGGACGUGGACGUGGACGUGGACAUGGACAUGGACGUGGACGUGGACAUGGACGUGGACGUGGACGUGGACGUGAACGUGGACGUAGACGUGGACAUGGUCGUGGACGUGGACGUGGACGUGGUCGUGGACGUGGACGUGGUCGUGGACGUGGACGUGGUCGUGGACGUGGACGUGGACGUGGACGUGGACGUGGUCGUGGACGUGGACGUGGACGUGGACGUGGACCUGGACAUGGACGUGGUCGUGGACGUGGACGCGGUCGUGGACGUGGACGCGGACGUGGACGUGGACGUGGACGCGGACCUGGACCUGGACCUGGACCUGGACGUGGACGUGGACGUGGACGUGGACGUGGACGUAGACGUUGACGUGGAUGUGGACGUGGACUUGGACGUGGACAUGGACGUGGACAUGGACGUGGACGUGGACAUGGACGUGGACAUGGACGUGGACGUGGACGUGGACGUGGACGUGGACAUGGACGAGGACGUGGACGUGGACGUGGACGUGGACAUGGACGUGGACGUGGACGUGGACAUGGACGUGGACGUGGACGUUGACGUGGACGUGGACGUGGACGUGGACGUGGUCGUAGACGGGGACGUGGACGUGGACAUGGACGUGGACGUGGACGUGGACAUGGACAUGGACGUGGACGUGGACAGGGACGUGGACGUGGACGUGGACGUGGACGUGAACGUGGACGUAGACGUGGACAUGGUCGUGGACGUGGACGUGGACGUGGUCCUGGACGUGGACGUGGUCGUGGACGUGGACGCGGUCGUGGACCUGGACGUGGACGUGGUCGUGGACGUGGACGCGGUCGUGGACGUGGACGCGGACGUGGACGUGGACGUGGACGCGGACCUGGACCUGGACCUGGACCUGGACCUGGACCUGGACCUGGACGUGGUCGUGGACGUGGACGUGGACGUGGUCGUGGACGUGGACGUGGUCGUGGAUGUGGUCGUGGACGUGGAAGCGGACGUCGACGUGGACGUGGACGUGGACGUGGACGUGGACGUGGACCUGGACGUGGACGUGGACUUGGACGUGGACGUGGACUUGGACUUGGACGUGGACGUGGACGUGGUCAUGGACGUGGACGUGGACCUGGACCUGGACCUGGACCUGGACGUGGAAGUGGACUUGGACGUGGACGUGGACUUGGACGUGGACGUAGACGUAGACGUGGACGUGGACGUGAUGGUGGACGUGGACGUGGACUUGGACGUGGACGUGGACUUGGACUUGGACGUGGACGUGGACGUGGUCAUGGACGUGGACGUGGACCUGGACCUGGACCUGGACCUGGACGUGGAAGUGGACUUGGACGUGGACGUGGACUUGGACGUGGACGUAGACGUAGACGUGGACGUGGACGUGAUGGUGGACGUGGACGUGGACGUGGACGUGGAGGACGUGGAUGUGGAUGUGGAGGACGUGGACGUGGACGUGGACGUGGACGUGGACAUGGACGUGGACGUGGUCAUGGACGUGGACGUGGACGUGGACUUGGACGUGGACGUGGACGUGGUCGUGGACGUGGACGUGGACGUGGACGUGGACGUGGUCGUGAACGUGGACGUGGACGUGGACGUGGUCGUGGACGUGGACGUGGACGUGGUCGUGGACGUGGUCGUGGACGUGGACGGUGACGUGGACGUGGACGUGGACGUGGUCGUGGACGUGGACGUGGACGUGGACGUGGACGUGGUCGUGGACGUGGACGUGGACGUGGUCGUGGAUGUGGUCGUGGACGUGGAAGCGGACGUGGACGUGGACGUGGACGUGGACGUGGACGUGGAGGUGGACGUGGACGUGGUCGUGGACGUGGACGCGGACGUGGACGCGGACGUGGACGUGGACGUAGACGCGGACGUGGACGUGGACGUGGACGUGGUCGUGGACGUGGACGUGGUCGUGGACGUGGACGUGGACGUGGUCCUGGACGUGGACGUGGAUGGACAUGGACACGUGGACGUGGUCGUGGACGUGGACGUGGACGUGGUCGUGGACGUGGACGUGGACGUGGACGUGGACGUGGUCGUAGACGUGGACGUGGACGUGGUCGUGGACGUGGACGUGGACGUGGUCGUGGACGUGGACGUGGACGUGGACGUGGACGUGGACAUGGAAGUGGACGUGGUCGUGGACGUGGAGGUGGACUUGGACGUGGACGUGGUCGUGGACGUGGACGUGGACGUGGAAGUGGACGUGGACCUGGACGUGGACGUGGACGUGGUCGUGGACAUGGACGUGGACGUGGACGUGGACAUGGUCGUGGACGUGGACGUGGUCGUGGACGUGGACGAGGUCGUGGACGUGGACGUGGUCGUGGACGUGGACGUGGUCGUGGACGUGGACGUGGACGUGGACGUAGACGUGGACCUGGACGUGGACAUGGACUUGGACGUGGACGUGGACUUGGACUUGGACGUGGACGUGGAGGUGGAAGUGGACUUGGACGUGGACGUGGACUUGGACGUGGACGUAGACGUGGACGUGGACGUGGACGUGGUCGUGGACAUGGACGUGGACGUGGACCUGGACGUGGACGUGGACGUGGACGUGGACGUAGACGCGGAGUAG